GUAUGGGGUGCAGAACAAGAUAAUGCGGGUGGUUGGUUAGGUGUAGCAUAAAAUGAAAAUUCAUCUGUAGUUGCGAUUUCGGGUUAGUUGCUGAUCUAAAUUAUCGAUCGUUGUGAAAAAACAUCAACUGGAAAAUGAAAAUUUAUUUUAACAGAAGUGGAAUGGAUUAUACUGUGCUGCAAUGAUUAAUCAAAGUGAAUUGUUUCUUGAAACAAAAUGCAAGUUUGGGACCUGAAAAUUAUUAUCCAUCAUCACUGUUGUAAAUGAAAUCAUAGUGGUUUAGUAGAAUUUUUGUUGUGAAAUUGUCAAAAUUACGAUCUAAGAAAGCAAGAUUAUACCUAUUAUAUUGACAAUUAAAUUAAAUUGCUAAGCAUUGUUAAGGUUUCUUGAAGACCCAAGAGCUUGUAACAAGUCUUAUUUUUACGUGUAAAGAUGAUUGCAAAGAGAAUUCUCGCCAUUGAAAUAUAUAGGAAAGCUUAGUAUCCAGUAGCUUCAAAAGCAAUAUUUAACCUUUUUAAUUUGGACGAAAUGUAUUGAGAAUAAAGAAGAAAAGAAAUUAAACAAUAACUUAAAGCCAAUAAUCAAAAAGUAUUGUAAUCAAAAGCUGCUUUAUUUAAGCCAUGCAAAGACUGUACCCAUAUUUUCUAGUAAGUAAACAGUUAAAAUGACAACUUGUCACUUAGAAAGAAAGAGAUUUUAUUGUCGGGAGUGGGCAUUUGUGAAAUUGUCUCACUGCCUGGAACAGCGUGGCAGUUGCAAGACCACAGGGGCAGUAAUAGUUGGGGGACCUGGCUCAGGCAAGACUGCACUGUGCUGUGAGAUAGUGUGGCCAGGGAGUGGGCAGAGUGCCAGGCCUCAGCGAUGCCUCAAUAAAAGACUCUUGGCUUAUCAUUUUUGCCAAGCUCAAGAUGUAAAGACCUUAUCAGUUACCGAUUUUAUAGUAAGUAUUGCAGAACAACUAUCACAAAAACUAGCACCGAUAUCUGAAGAAUUCUGUGAAAGAUUAAAGUCUGAUGCAGAAGUAGUCAGUUCAUUACAGCGUGAGAAUAUAAUUAAAUGUCCAGAUGAUAGUUUUCGUAAAGGUAUUAUAGUUCCUCUAGUGGAGAUAAAACCUCCGCCCUCUCAAUGUUACUUUGUGUUGGUGGAUUCCAUAGACGAGUCUCACAUCUCAGGAGUUAAGUUCGAGAAGAAAAGUAAUAGUGGAUCCAGCAGAACCAUUGGUGAGCUAUUGGCCAACAACCACCAUCUGCUUCCUCCAUGGCUAUUACUUGUGUUGACUGCACGCAGACAGAGCAAGACGAUAGCAAAAACUUUUUCUGGAUUCCGAAAGAUUAGCUUAGAUGACCUCAGAAAAUCCCAGGUGGUACGAGACGUACAACAAUACAUCUUGUCUCGACUGGAAUGGGAAGAGUCUCUGAGACAACAUAUGUGUCGAGGUACUGCAGAGACUUUGAACCAGCUCCACAUCAAGAGCAAUGGCUGCUUCCUCUAUUUAGAACGGGUGCUGGAUGGUGUGGCGGAGGGCUGUAUAGUUCUGCGGGAAGUUCGAGACAUCCCUGGCACACUCAACGGCCUAUACCUCUGGCUGUGCCAAAGACUUCUCAGCAAUAAGCACUUUUCUAAGGUCCGUCCACUACUGAACAUUGUGCUGGCUUCUGAGAGGCCACUGAGUGAGGAGCAGGUCUGUCGUUGUCUGCUGGUCGCGCAACCGACCCUGGGUAGUGAGGAGAUGAGGCGGAGGUGCCAGGUGUUGCGCCGUGUGCUGUGCCUGGCACGUGAUGAUACCCUUCGGCCCUUCCACCAUUCCUUUGCCGAGUGGCUUUGUGAUGUGAAGCACUGCACCCAGAGGUUUCUCUGCUCCCCUGCCAGUGGUCAUGCAAUGCUGGCUAUGCAGCUUACACUCAGAGGUCCAAACCUAAAUGCAGAGGAGGUUGAAAGCCUAGCGUUGCAUCUUAGCUGCUUGCCAUCACAUGCAACCCUGACACCUUUAUUGCCCCUCUGGUUGCUGGACUCUGGUAUCCGAUUGUCUCAGCAGUGCCUCACCCAGUGUGCUGAUGCUCGGGCAACCAAGCUGUUAGAUGAGGCCAAUGCUUGUUCCCGCACACCUCAGGAGAGUGAGGUGGAGGAGCCAGGCAGCGGGGAGAUAGCAUGCAAGAGCCCAGUAGAGAGGGACCUUCAUGCUUUGGCUGCAGAGAAUAAUUACCAGUUGCUGGAGACCUUGUUAGCAGGGGAUCUGCGAGCAGCCAUAGAACAGACAGACAAACACAAACAGACACCUCUAAACCUGGCAGCUCGUCUGGGACACUAUCAAGUUGUCAAGGUGCUGCUAGCAGCAGGGGCGGAUGUGGAUCAUGCGGAUGUAGAUGGGUGGACAGCAUUGAGAGCUGCAGCUUGGGGUGGCCACACCCAGGUUGUGGAAAUACUAGUGGAAGCAGGUGCCAAUGUAGACUAUUGUGAUGCAGACCAAAGAACAGCCCUUAGGGCGGCCGCAUGGGGAGGCCAUGACGAGAUAGUUACCUUACUGCUCAGAGCUGGAUCUGACGUGAAUAAAACAGACUGUGAGGGGAGGACGGCACUGAUUGCAGCGGCAUAUAUGGGCCAUUCAGACAUUGUGGAGACGCUUCUGGAGUAUAAGGCAGAUAUCAACCACCAAGACAAUGACGGGCGCACAGCGCUCAGUGUGGCGGCAUUAUGUGUGCCCAUCAGUGAAGGAUACACCAAGGUAGUGAAUAUUCUGCUGGAACGAGGAGCUGAUGUAGACCAUGAAGAUAAAGAAGGCAUGACACCUUUACUGGUUGCUGCCUUUGAAGGUCACAGUGACAUCUGUGAGCUGCUGUUGGAGGCAGAGGCAGAUGUGGACCACUGUGACAGUGCUGGUAGGUCACCCCUGUGGGUAGCAGCAUCUAUGGGCCAUGCAGAUGUAGUGUCACUACUGCUAUUCUGGGGAUGCACUGUGGAUACCAUUGACAUCGAAGGCCGGACGGUGCUCAGUGUGGCAUCAGCUCAGGGCAACACCAGUGUUGUCAAUCAACUUCUUCACAGAGGACUGGACGAGCAGCACAGGGACAACUCAGGGUGGACUCCACUUCACUACGCUUGCCUGGAGGGACACCUGGAGGUAGUAGCAGCCCUGCUAGAAGGUGGGGCACAGGUGGACCAAACCGACAACGACUCACGAGCUCCACUCUUGUUGGCCGCUCAGGAAGGUCACGCUCAGCUUGUGCUGGAGAUGUUACAAACUCAUGGAGCACAAGUGGAUCAGAGAGCUCUGGACGGCACAACAGCUCUUAGGCUAGCAGCUCUUCAGGGACACCAGGAGGUUGUAAGGAUACUACUGGAGCACGGGGCUGAUGUAAAUGCACAAGAUGCUGACUCUCGCACCACGCUUUACAUCCUGGCACUAGAGAACAGAGUUGCUAUGGCCAAGUUCAUCAUCGAUCCAGGAGGAGCGGAUGUUGAGGCUAGAGACUCUGAAGGCCGUACAGCUCUUCAUGUGAGUGCAUGGCAGGGCCACAGAGACAUGGUGAGCCUGUUGCUGACUGUAGGCCAGGCUGAUGUGAAUGCCACGGACAAUGAGCGUAGAACUGCACUCCAUAGCGCAGCCUGGCAGGGACAUUACCACAUAGUCCAGAUACUGUUGGAACACAAUGCACAGCCUAACCACACGUGCAACCAGGGUGCCACACCUCUUGGUAUCGCAGCUCAAGAGGGCCACGAGGAGUGUGUGCGACUGCUGUUGGCAGUGGGAGCAGACCCUAACCAUUCUGAUCACUGUGGUAGGAAUGCUCUCAAGGUGGCUGCCAAAAGUGGCCAUCAGGGAGUUGUUAAACUACUGGAGGAAGCACAAGCCAAUGCGGGUGUGGGCCUUGGUGCAAUGGGUGUCGCCCCACCUCUCAUUUGUCCCAGUGCCCCACCAUCGUGCUCCCCGGAGUCCACAACCAAGAGACGCUCUAUUGUUUCCAGUGACAGCAGCAACCUCACUAACAGCACCAGGAGUUCUCACAAGGAGCAAUCCCAGCAGUCGUUCACUCACCAGUUAGAGAGGUGCUCACGCAAGUCACGGAUCUUGAGCCCCUUACAGUCACAACCACCUAGUCCUAUCUAUGCCUCACCGCCUGCCAGUCCUCCAAAUCCUUGUCAUGACCACUUCUCACGAGAUACGCACAUGAGGAUAAUAUUGGGCAGCUGCAAAGCCUCACCCACCAGGCCUGUGGCCGCAAGCAAGCCAAAACGGAAUGGUAUUGUUACGAACCCAGCACUGAGGAUUGUACCAGCUAUCAAGAAUGGGUUGGAGAUGGCAGCUGGCCGCAAAAUCAACAAUGCCACAACUACCAACAGCUUUCAGUGGCGCAAAGAGACACCAUUAUAGGAAAUGGAGGAAAUUGCACAUUGGUUGCCUAGUGGACAGGGUAACAAGGGCUUUGUUCUUGCUUCAGGCACAAGCGAGUCUGUACCUCCAACAGCUACCAUUAUAUAUGUACAUUUAUACAUAGCAAAAUCAAAUAUUUGUUUUUCUUUGAAUAGUCCAUUUAUUUUUGUCACCUUAGAUAAAUAAAUAAGGAAAUCAAUGUUGACUUGUAUAAAGAAUUUGUAAUAAUUUAUAUAUUUUUUUAUUUUUUUAUGAGUGUACAUUGAUUAGUUUGAAGAUAUAAUUCCAGCCAUAUUUUUACAAUCGUAAUAAUUUGUGUGUGUUGUAUUUUAUUAUUCGUGUUAUACGCUAUAUUGAUUAAGUUGACUACAAUCUUUUUAUGAAAUCAGACUUGUUUGUAUGUGUCGUAACAAUUUAGAGAUUUUCUCCUAAAGUUUAUCUAGAUUUGCAUUUAGUAUAUAUUUUAAUAUGUAGAAGAAUCCAGGAGCUGAUGCUGUUGACACCAAUAAAUAGACUAUUCACUGGUUAUAUUAUACUGUAUUGUAGUUGAGCGAAUCUGUGUCAUCCAAAUAUAUUUAUUUGAGAAUA